AUGUCAAAGAGAGGUGCAGGGGGGCGGGGAAAGGGGGAGCGACCUGACGCCAUGGCAACUCUUCAAGGCAAUGAGGAACUGAGAGCCAAACUGACGGACAUCCAGAUAGAACUUCAACAGGAAAAGAACAAGGUCAGCCGUCUGGAGAGAGAGAAGAGUCAGGAACUGAAGGCGGAGCAUCACCGGACGACGGUCGCCAUGACGGAGCUGAAGACCAAACUCCACGAGGAGAAGCAGAAAGAGCUGUCUGUUACCAGGGAGACGUUGUUAAGGCAACACGAGAUGGAGCUGAUGAGAGUUAUCAAGAUCAAAGACGGAGAGAUUCAGCGUCUGAAUGGACUGGUGCUAACGCUGAGGGACGGAUCCACAGACAAGGUGAGGAGCGCUCUGCUGGCGGAGGUGGAGGAGGCGAGGAGGAGUUGGGAGGCGGAGCGUUGUCGCUUCCAGCAGGAGGUUCAUGAGCUGCGAGGAGCAAAGAGGAACGCUGAGGAGGCUCUGACAUCUGCUCAGCAGGCCUGCCAGGCCCGAGCUGCCGAACUGCGAUCAGCUCAUCACCAACACCAGGAGGAGCUGAACAGGACCAAGAGAGACUGUGAGAGGGAGAUCCGGCGGCUGAUGGAUGAGAUAAAGCUGAAGGACAGAGCUGUCAGUGUAUUGGAUAAAGCCCUGGGGCUGCAGGCUGGACACGCCCACCGCCUCCAGCUGCAGACUCAGGCUGCCGAGCAGCAAAUCGCAGCCCUGAGAGACGCACAGAGGGUGGGGCUAAACCAUCCUGGCCAAGCCCCUAGCCCAACCCCUAACACUCCUCCUCACAUUUCUCAAGAGGACCGGGACACUCGGAGGUUUCAGCUAAAAAUCGCUGAGCUCAGCGCCGUUGUCAGAAAGCUGGAGGAUCGAAAUGCUCUUCUGUCUGAAGAACGCAACGAACUGCUGAAGCGUCUGAGAGAGACCGAGAGUCAAUUCCUUCCUCUUUUGGACAAAAACAAACGUCUGAGCAGGAAAAAUGAGGAGCUGGCUCUCACGGUGCGUCGCCUCGACAACAAGCUUCGCUUCGUCACACAGGAGAACAUGGAGAUGCGGAGGCCGAGUUCUUUAAACGACCUCGACCGCAGCCACUCCACCAGUUACCAUGGUUACAGCCAGGAUGAGAGAGAGAUGGAGUUUCUACGAUUACAAGUUCUGGAGCAACAACACAUCAUCGACGACCUGUCCAAGGCUCUGGAGACUGCGGGUUAUGUAAAGAAUGUUAUAGAGAGAGACAUGUUACUGAGAUAUAGACGACAGGAAUCAGUGAAGAGGAAACGGACCUUCAGAGCCUGCAGGGUCGUGGAGACGUUUUAUGGUUAUGAUGAAGAAGCAUCGGUGGACUCUGAUGGAUCGUCUUUGUCAUUUCACACCGACAGAACUCCAGAUACGGAACCAGAGGAGGUGUGUGUGCGUGAGGAGGCGGAGCUUCGUUACCGUCAGCUGACUCAGGAGUAUCAGGCACUGCAGCGAGCGUACGCUCUGCUGACGGAGACGAGCGGAGGACACUACGACGCUGAGAAGGAGAUCAAGACCCGAGAACAGUUGCUGAGUGAAAUCAGUCGAUAUGAAACCAGAGUUGCUGAUCUGGAGUCGGCUCUGAAACAACAAGGACUGGAUGUGAAGUGGGUGGAGGAGAAGCAGGCGUUAUACCAGAGGAACCAGGAGCUGGUGGAGAAGAUAAAGCAGAUGGAAGGUGAAGACCUGCGGCUGAAAAAUGACAUCCAGGACGUCAAAGAUCAGAACGAGCUGCUGGAGUUCCGAAUCUUAGAGCUGGAGGAGAGGGAGCGACGCUCACCUGCCAUCAACUUCCAACAACUCCACUUCCCAGAAGAACUCAGUCCUCUGCAGAUCUACUGCGAGGCAGAGGGAGUCACUGAGAUUGUGAUCAGUGAGUUGAUGAAGAAGCUGGAUAUUCUGGGAGAUAACGCCAAUCUGUCCAAUGAGGAGCAGGUGGUGGUGAUCCAUGCCAGGACGGUGCUCACUCUGGCAGAGAAGUGGUUGGAGUCCAUCGAGGUGACGAAGUCGGCUCUGCAGCAGAAGAUGUUGGACAUUGAGAGUGAGAAGGAUCUGUUCAGUAAACAGAAAGGUUACCUGGAUGAAGAGCUGGACUACAGGAAGCAGUCAAUGGAUCAGGCUCAUAAGAGGAUCCUGGAGCUGGAGGCCAUGUUGUUUGAGGCUCUGCAACAGGAGGAGGAGUCCAGGAUGGAGGGAUUAAAGAUGGAGGGUCGUCUGUCUGAAACACUGACGGAGGAAGAGAGGGAGGAGCUUAAGAGAGCAAUGGACCAAUGGAAACGGAGUGUGAUGUUCGAGCUGCGAGAGAGAGACGCCCAGAUCCUCAGAGAGAGGAUGGAACUACUGCAACUCACACAACAGAGAAACAAGGAGCUGGAGGAAUUUAUAGAAGCACAGAAACGACAAAUAAAAGAGUUGGAAGAGAAGUUUCUAUUUCUGUUUCUUUUCUUCUCUUUGGCCUUUAUCCUCUGGUCGUAACAGCAGCCGUGUCUAGGCCCCAGAGUACAGCAGCUGAACACUCAGCAGGAUCAGACCAAACGACAGGAGGACUCAGAGGAUUCAGAGUUUGGGACCAGCAGCGUACUGACUGAGGCACGUUGGCUUCACUGCCCCACUGACCUGCCUCUGGCUGUUGUCAGCCAAUCAGAGCAGAGCCCAGCUGUCAGCUGACUCUGGAACUACACCGUCACACCUCAAGGACGGCAACAGAUGAACGCUGUGUUUCUGACAAGUGACCAGCAACCGGCAACGUCCUAACUAGCUUCCUGUUAGCUACUGUUAGCUACACCUGAUAUGCAGCUUACAAACACACAUUCUGGCCUCAGGGGCCAUCUGGACCAACGUGGCCUCAGAAGGCCCGCCGGACUGACGUGGUGCUGACCUCAUACAGUUUUAGCUCAGCUGGCUGAUUUUAAAUAUAUCUGGCAAAGUUAGCUGAAUUCAUCCAGCUAACGCAGCUAGCUGACGUCAGUGUUCAGGGGGCUGAUGGUCAUCAGGUUAACGAAGCUGCAGAGACAGACAGGUGGGGGAACUAGUUCAGGAAAGUGGUUACUAAGUUACCUUGAUGAGUUGAAUCACAGUAGAAACCAAUAGAAACUGUUGGAGCCUUCUUGUCUGUCCUGAUAGAAGUUCAGUUGAAUUUAACUUUGUUCUGAUUGGCUGGAGAGGGGUUAACACUGUCCAGCCUCUCAGCUGCACUCUGGAUCUGUGGAUCUGAGGUUACAGUGUGUAACCUUCAUUUAGUUUCAGCCCGCUAGAAUCACCACGGGACCAAAACCUGAUGAAGGAUACGCGUCUUCAUGACGUCAGGAGGUCUGAUGGAGCUCAGAGCUGCUGAACUGUUCAAGAGAACACAUCUGAAGAAGCAUGAAGACACGUCAGGUUCAGGAAGGAACCUGCUACAGGGUUUACAUGGGAGCCGGUCUCUGAACCAGAUCAUAGUGUGGGGAGAUUUCACAGUAAAGUACAACGUCAGUUCUUCACAGAAUAAUUUCACAAAAAAAAUAUCUUACAUAGAAAUGAUAUAAUAAUACAAAGAUUAUCAAUAUUAUUAUAUGAAUUCUUCAUUUUACUCUGCUACUAGAGAUAAUCAGGACAUUUGAUAUUGAAAUGAUGAUCUGAUCAAAUGAAAUCUGACAACAGGAAGUGAGUUAAAGUAAAGAACAGAAAUAAAAAGUAAACAAUGCCUUAAGAUUCGUAGUUUGGUUCGUUUUCUGCAUGUCAGAAGUUUCAAAUUAAUUUCAAGCCACUCUCAUUCCCAGGUCACGUUUCAGCGUCUGGUACCAACGCACAUGGCGCCCUUUAGCGCCAUAGUUCAACGCUGAAAGUGCUACGACUAAAAGAGCAGUCAGAGUAAAGAGGUUGGAUGGUGGGACAAAGACUUUAACCAGGAGACCGGUGUUUGUUUUCUGUGUAAAACAAAAAGUCAACAUUGAUUGUUUUUAGUGAUGCGUAACUGACAUAAGUUAUGUAAGUAACAUAGUUAUUUUAACAACAUUUACAGCUUACUUUAUUUUGAAAGUCUAACCAGACAUAUUUAUUCUUGCUAACCUGACACGCACAAAAAUAAUGCUAAAGGGUUCCCAAGGCGUUAAAGAGUGAUGCCACGGGGUCUGACCAAGCGUCCGUAUGUGAGGAGUUGGGAAGAGAAGGGGUUGUUCAUUUUGGGAGCGAUUUGUCAUUUCAAUAUCAAAUUCCUUUGUUUUUCUUUCCACUCUUCACUCUGAGGUGAUGACGGAACCUGAUUUAUUCACCGUGUGAAAUGUUUCCUCUGUGUGAAUUAUCUUCUGUUGUCCUGCAGCGUCCACAAAGCUAAACUGAACCAACACAGCGUUUAAGAAACCAGACCCUGCUGCUGUACUUUUAUUAUUCCAGAUGAUAUUUUUCUAUCUCUGCUGUGAGUCAGUGAACACCUGAAGAGUCGGCCGUCUGAUGAGAUCACAGAUUAAACAGUGGCGGAGACAAAACUUUGUUUGUGUUUUGCUGUUUAACCGUUGAGAUAAUGUUGCAUACAUACAGCGGAUCAUGUAAGUACUGUGUAUGCAUAGUACUGUGUGUACUGCACUGUAUGUGUACUGCACUGUGUGAUACUGUCAGAUACACACAUCGAGUAUACCAGAUUCUGUCAGACAGGACACUUUGUUAUGGUCCACUGAGUGCGUGUUAGUGUGUGUGUGUGUGUGU